AUGCGCUGUGCUGCCAGCCUUGGCCAUCCCCUGCCCCUGUCCCAUUCAGCAGUGGAUUCACCAAAGAUUGGCUUUCAGCAGUCUGCUACCCUUCAUCAUUGUCAUCAGCAACAGCAGCAACAGCAACAACAACAGCAGCAACAGCCGUAUCAACAGCACACGCAGCAACCGCAACAGAGGCAGCGAAGCUAUCAUCCCAUAGUCCCAGCACCGACCCCUUUAGCUGCUCACCACCAACAAAGCCAUCAACUCCCUCCUCUCGACCCUUCAUUAAUCCUUAACACCGGCAACGACAGCUUCAGCACUGGGAACUACCUCAACACAGGAAGCCACUUAAACGCCGAGCAGUACUUCAACAGCAGCGGACUGGACUCCAGCCAAUCGAGUGCCUCUUCGCACAUCCAAACAGCACCUGCCUUUUACAACCUCACGGGACCCGGCUCAAGUGGCUCUGGAUCGGCCGCCAGUGCCUUGACUGACAGCAUCGGAUACGCCUUCCUCAGGCCUGGAUUAUAUGGCAUCCAGACCAGUCGAUCACAACAUUCACAGUCUACGUCAGCUAUAGCGGCAAUGUACCCGAGCUAUGCUUCAACUUCAGCAGACCCCGGUUCGACUUCAGCGGACGCCAGUUCGACUUCGAGGGAUGCCGACUCAACUUCAAAGGCGACCAACUCGACCUCGAAGUCCAAGUCAGCCAAGAGAUCGAGAGCCAAGUCGGCCGCAAUGGCAACUGCUGAUUCAGAUGCGGAAGCGAAUGCAGAUGCAGACCAGCAUCAAGGCGGGGGAGUUUGGAACAAACCAGGGAUGAGUGACUUUACGGAUUGGAUUACAAACCGAACAAACUACGAAAGACUCACCAGAAAAGGACAGAAAGUAACGGAAAUGCACAAAGCGAUCGCCAACUACGUCAACUCAAAGAACCCAGGAUUCUCAGAGCAGGAGCUAUGGGAUGAAGCACUUGCCAAAGGGCGAUUGUCUUAUGCGAAGAAAAACUAUAGGCUAGCAAUCGAGGUGUCAAAAAAAACCGGCGCUGGAGACAAGCCAGGAAAAACCCUACUUCAACAAAUGCAGGUGCAUGUUCCGCAGUUUGAGAGAUACGACCAAGUCUUUGGAAAUAGUCUCUCCCAAAACUCUGUAGACCCCUACGAAACACUCGUCUUAGGCGACACUCAUCCUCUCCAGCCCCAAGAUUCGGAUUCGGAACCAGAACAAGCAUCAGACCUCUCUUCAAUAGGAGAGAGUGAUGAUGUUACUGACUUGGCCGAGCGCCAGCCCACGCCUUUGAGUAAGACGAUUAGAGGAGUAGUUGAGGCCAGGGAUAGGGGUCGAGCACGCAAGCGUGCAAAACGUGGGCAGAUACCGGAAUCGAUCGAGCAAGCAAUUACUAGUCUCAACGCAUCGUCGGCAGGACAAGACGAGCAACUGAUCGAUGCGAGAAAUGAGCGUUCAUGGCUCAAUGACGAAAAAGUAGGAUUUAGGGUGGCGCAACUGGCUCAGUCGACUGAGAAGGAGAAGAUGCUGCAGAUGCAACAGGAUCUCAUGCAGGCCCAGAGGGAACUUUUUGCCGAUCAGAGAAAUUUUAUGAAGGAGAAAGAAGUGUUCCUACAAGCCAAGGCGCAGUUUAAGGCAGAGAAGGCGCUGUUUGAGCAAAAGUUUGGUCGGGAGGUAGUAGUCACAGAUGAACAGGUAGUUUACAGGAAUGUGCUGAAGUAA